CAAAAUGGAACCGCAAAAUCGUGCACAUAACGAUAGAGAUCGUUAGGACAUAACUACACGUAGUACAUUGGCUACGUAGUUCAUGUGCACAUUUUGUGCACAUAGAGGAGCUAGUGGACGGAAACACCUCAGACUCCGGUAUCAGAGAAAAGAGCUACAUUGUAUACAAACAUUGUAACAAAGUAUUGUUGAUAACUGUGUAUAGAUUAAACCUGCUUGAUAGCACAAAUAAAUACUACUGACAAAACGGGCUAAUCAAUUUAUGUAUGCAUAAUGAAUAAAUUAAAAGAAACUCAAAUUAUAAGUACUCAAAUUAGUUCAUCGUUUCACAAAAAUGUGUCUCUGCUCACAAAAAUCAUAUUGCCAUCAGUUGAGUUUCAACGACUCUUUAAAAAGGGUAUGUUUGACAAGCCUAAUAUGACGGGUUUCCUACACGUAUCGCAUUACUUGUCAACGAUAUAUGACGCAAAACUGUUUAAGCAAAUGGUCAGGUGGCCGAUCUUAUGCAGAAGAGACGAAGUUACUUACCGGAUUGAAAUAAAAAACUUUUUAUGUCUCUUAUCGCGCGACAAUCCUGAUCUUAAUUUCCCAACAAUACUGAUGUCUUAUUUGAUCCAAUCGGCAGGAAUCAAGUUCCAAAUUAUCAUGUGGAAGUUAUCGCAACUCGCUCUCAGGGCUUACAUCCAGAGGGAACUUCAAACAGAAUUAUUGAACGCGCCGUGUGCAGGCCCAGCACAGGAUUUAACAAUAGCAUACUUCAAUAAUACAAUCGUGCAAAAAUGCAACGUCAUAUUGAAAACGUGUAAAAAAACGGAGAAAAUACUGGAUGCAACAAAAAUUUUUUUUAACGGCGAAAUGAAGGCAUUGAAUGCGUACAAAUCGGAAAUUUUUGAUAGAAAAGAAAAUAUAAAAACGCUAGUUCUCGAUCUACCAGCUUAUUCAUUACUUCAAAAACGACUGAUAGAUGUCGAAGAUUUCGAUAUAAUAAGCAUAUGGAAAAGAAGCAUUUUUAAGAGAGUCCAAUAUAUUCAGAAAAAAAACAAAGAGUUAAAUAAAUUAGAGGAAUCCUGCGAUUGUUUGUGCAAACUUGUUUUAAGGAUAAAUUUGAAUUCUGGAACUCUCAGCGCAAAUAAAUUUCCUAAAAUUUAUUGCAAUAAUUAUUAUUUAAUAUAUAUGCAAUCUGAGACACAGAACUUAAUACGCAAUUUAUAUGCGAAUGACUCCGUCGUGUUCUCUACUUUGUUGUCGCUGCUGGAUUUGACAUUUAAGCAAAUAUAUCGUAAAAACGUUACCGAUCUCCCCGAUCUGUCACAGUGUCUACCGUUCGUUCAGAACGCUUGCAAAAAGAUGAAAUCACUGCAAAUAUUGUUCAAUGCACUGAACGUGAGAAUUAGCAGUAUGUACAGAAAUGAGCAAUAUGUGUCUCGAGAAAUGGAAAAUGUUUACAUCAAUUUUGACGCAAGCAAAGUAUCAAUUGUAAGCCGCAACAUCUCACUACAAUCUCCGAAAAUUAGUUUUAUUCUUAAUCAACACACAAACAAUGAUCUUUUCUAUGAGAGAUUAUCUUCAUCUCCAAUAGAAGGGAAAUACAAACAUUUGUUUAAAAGAUACAAACGUGAAUAUCGUCCAUUAUGUGAGUUGCCUACACUCUUGUUAGACUUUAGUAAUUCUUGGAAUAGCAUGAGCGGAUGGUUGUCUCCCCGCGCACACUCUGUUAAGUGUGAACAAAUCUCAUACAAGGGAAAAUCACUUUCGCCUUUGUAUUCUCGAUUGCUACGUCAUUCUAGAUUAGAUUUAAAGCGUUCUAAAGAAAGCGUGUUGCUCAACCCGAAUGCAAACUACGAAGGAUUGAAUCUAACACCAAGGAAACGUCUCUCAAGAGCGAGGCAUCUGACAACGCACAGCUGUAGUCGCAGAAUAAAAGAUGGUUUUUGAUUUUAUUGAUAACAUCCUUAUUAUACAUAUCUUUAAAUAUAAAGAAUUGACAAAAUGAUCAAAUGGACAAGCGCAGAAUUCGUGAUACUAAAUACUUUAUUGAGUAAAAGGAGAAAGAGAAAUUGUUAAAUUAAAAGCUGACAAUGCAAAUUCUUAAAGUUUA